AACCUCCGUCUCUGCAGGUCUCAUCAUGACGGGUUUGUCUGCCGCCCCGUGUACCCGCCCGACAACCCCCGCGGUUGGAUGGUUGCCGUGCAACUGAGCUUCACGGUGCUGGGCUUCGCCGUGCCGCUCCCCGUCCUCGCCGUCUCCUACCUGCUCCUGGCGGCGGCCGUCCCAGGGGGGUCCCCCGAGCGGCGCGUCAUCCUGGCCUACAUCGUGGUCUUCGUGGCGUGCUGGCUGCCGUUCCACGCCGUCCUGGUGCUGGACGCCGUGGCGACGGGGGGGGCGCUGGGCUUCAGCUGCCGGCUGGAGGGCUUCCUGGACGUGGCGCUGCAGCUGACGCAGUGCUGCUCGCUGCUGCACUGCUGCGUCAACCCCGUCCUCUACAGCUUCCUGUCCCGCGGGGACCGCUACCGCCUGGUGAAGGACGCCAUCGCCAAGUUCUCCGCCAAGACCGGGCUCGCCAGGCUGCUCGUUGUCCCCGGCUCGCACGCCCGGCUCGCUGGGGACGAGGAGGACGAGGACGAGGAGGACACUGUUGUUCAAGACAUUUCUAGUCUUUAGAAGUGUUUGCAAGGGUUUUAAGAGACAGACAGAGAUACACAAAGACAGACACACACUGAGACAGAGACACACAAAGACAGACACACAUUGAGACAGAGACACACAAAGACAGACACACAUUGAGACAGAGACAC